GUUCUAGGGCAGGUCACUUUAAUCUCUUUAGCUUUAAACUGUCCAACUCGCAACUCGCGUUUCUCUAUAAGGGAUCUUUACCAUUUCCCUGCCUAUGCGGCCGGAGCGCCGUGCCUCUCCCCAGCAGAGACAACCGCCUUCCAGGCGCUGCCCAGAUUGCUUCCGACACCCUUAAAAUAAUACUGCAGCCCGGCGCCCCUGCCAUGGAUUCCUUUAAAGGUGGAAUGAAUUUGGAGAGACUGCCUGAGAGCUUGAGACCCCAACCCUCUCAUGACAUGGCUUCCAGCUUCCAUUUGCAAAGAUCCUCGGAACCCAGAGACCCGAUCGACAACUCAGCCAGUGAAUCCUCCGACACGGAGGUGCCAGAAAAAGAACGUAGCGGAGAGCAGAAAAACGAGGACGGGGCCGCCGACGACCCUGCGAAGAAGAAGAAGCAGCGGCGGCAGCGGACCCACUUCACCAGCCAGCAGCUGCAGGAGCUGGAGGCCACCUUCCAGCGGAACCGCUACCCCGACAUGAGCAUGAGGGAGGAGAUCGCCGUCUGGACCAACCUCACCGAGCCCCGAGUCCGGGUUUGGUUCAAGAACCGCCGAGCCAAGUGGAGAAAGCGGGAGCGGAACCAGCAGAUGGACCUGUGCAAGAACGGCUACGUGCCCCAGUUCAGCGGGCUGAUGCAGCCCUACGAUGACAUGUACGCCGGCUACCCCUACAACAACUGGGCCACCAAAAGCCUCACCCCGGCGCCGCUCUCCACCAAGAGCUUCACCUUCUUCAACUCCAUGAGCCCCCUCUCCUCGCAGUCCAUGUUCUCGGCGCCCAGCAGCAUCCCCUCCAUGAACAUGCCCUCCAGUAUGGGCCACUCGGCCGUGCCGGGCAUGGCCAACUCCGGCCUCAACAACAUCAACAACAUCAGCGGCUCCUCGCUCAACUCGGCCAUGUCCUCGCCGGCCUGUCCCUACGGGCCACCGGGCUCGCCCUACAGCGUCUACCGGGACACUUGCAACUCCAGCUUAGCCAGCCUCAGACUGAAAUCAAAGCAGCACUCGAGUUUCGGCUACAGCAGUUUGCAAAGCCCCGGCUCUAGUUUAAACGCCUGUCAGUACAACAGUUGACGGACUUGACACAAACCACCUCCGACAAAGCACCCCCGACAAAGC